GCUGAAGUUGUGGCUGGUUCUAAGCAAAGUUUAUCAUUGUUUUUAGCGUUCCUGAAAACCCAACUUGCAGUUUCGAUUAUAUCAGAUCUAAACCACUGAUAUUAAGCUGAGUCAGGGACCUGAUUUUGCAGAGACCAGAGCUUGGAAUGAGGAAUUAGGCAAAUGAUUCCAACACGAGGUUGAAUUUCUGUUAAUGAGUUAACAUCUCUAAGGUUUGGAAGUGUGAAAUCUUGGUUAUCAGCCGCCAUGAGAAGACCAUGCUUCCCAAAAUUCAGAUUGGGCAGGAUAAUGGGUUUUCUUCAAGUUGUUUUGGGAGGGCUUGUUAUAAUUGUAGGCAGUAUGAGUCUGUUCAAAUUCUACUCUGCAGGCUUCUUCCUGCACAAUGAAGAUAUAUGCCGCCAUUUCUAUGGUGCGAAGGACGUUUCUUAUGAGGGUUUUGAAUCUUUUGACGUACAAGCAUUGACUGCUCGGGUUGAGGAAGUGCUCGAUAAGAUGGAGAGCUUGCAGGUCAAGCUCGAAUCCACUGUAAAAGAUUUGGAGAAGAACAAGGAUUUGUUGGCGAAAACCAACAUUUCAGGACCGCAGUACAAGAAAUUUCUAGAGGAGGAGGUAAUUCAACCUCUGUAUAGAGCUCACAUUGGUCUCAGACAGAUACGGCUGCCCAAGAUGGAAGGGAUCAGAAACGGGACGAGCUGGAAAGAGGAACCUUUGAUCAACUCCUUCGUGAUUGAGGAGAUCAGGAAGUAUAUAACCCCAAAAGAGAACAGAAAUGAGAAGGUCAAUGUAUAUGGGGCAGAGAGGCUAUACAACACUAUAGGGCAUUCAUGUGUCUUGAUGAAGAAGGAAUUAGAAGAGUACAUGAAUUAUGAUGUUGGUUCUUAUUGUAAAGAUGAUUGGAACCUUGCCCAGAAGCUUAUGAUUAAUGGAUGCGAUCCAUUGCCCCGAAGGCGGUGCUUGACAAGAGCCUCUAAGCUCUAUCAGAAGCCAUACCCCAUCAACGAGUCCCUAUGGAAACUACCGGAUGGAAGAAAUGUUCGGUGGAGCAAUUAUCAGUGCAGGAACUUCCAGUGUCUGUCCAGCGAGAACCCUAAGAGGGGUUUUUCCAAGUGCACCGGCUGUUUUGAAUUGGAGAAGGAAAAGGUUAGGUGGGUGACUAAUAGUACUACUGCUACUACUCUACCUGUAGAUUUCCUGCUCAAAGACGUUUUGGCAACUAAACCGGGGGAGAUAAGGAUUGGGCUGGAUUUUGGAAUUGGCACAGGGACAUUUGCUGCCCGGAUGAGGGAACAAAAUGUUACAAUCAUCUCAACUGCUCUAAACCUAGGGGCACCUUUCAGCGAGACUUUUGCGCUUAGGGGUUUAAUUCCCUUAUAUGUGACACUCAACCAUCGUCUUCCAUUCUUCGAUAACACCAUGGACUUGAUCCAUACAACAGGGCUUAUAGACGGCUGGAUCGACCUGCAAUUGCUGGAUUUCAUCCUGUUUGAUUGGGACCGGGUUCUAAGGCCUGGAGGGCUGUUAUGGCUUGAUCGUUUCUUCUGUAAUAGAAAGGACCUAGAUGAUUACACGUACAUGUUUCUGCAGUUCAGGUACAAGAAACACAAGUGGGCUAUCGCUGCUAAAUCCAAGGACCAAGUUUUUCUUUCUGCAGUGUUAGAGAAGCCUCCUAGAUCUCUAUGACAACAUGCCCCUCCAUUUUCCGUGUCUUGCUUCUAAUUUGUAUGGGAAGAUAAACAUAAUCUGCAAACAAGAUUGAAUUAAUUUCAAAGUCUUAUCAAAUUCAUCUUCUGUUUCCACUUCUCAGACUGCUGACUAUAAUCUCGAUUCUUCUCCAACCUUUUGAAUCACAUGUUACAGUUUUAAAAUUUAUAAUUUGAAUUGUAUCCAUUCU